UCUCAGACAACUCUUUGUGAUUCAGAGCAAGAAGAUGAGGAGCUUGAUUCUCCCAUUCCUGUGACCUUUGAUUCUCCCAUUCCUGUGAAUGUAGUGCCAUCUUCAAACAAGCCAAAUAAGAUAAUAUGCCCGAUAUGUAACAAAUACUACCCAAUCCAUAACAUUGAGUUCCACGCUAGUAUCUGUGGAGAGAGUUAUAGUCCUGUAAGGAGCCCAGAUGAUGGACCUGAAAGUCCCCAUGAUCUGCAAGAGCCAGCACAAAAUCCAAUAGAUGACAUCUCAUGUGAAGAAGAUGUUCUGCGUUGGGUUGACUCAAAAGUUGACAGGGGGAAGAGCUUCAACAUUUGUGUCUCGAGGGACAACAUGCUAGAGAGAGGUCUAAAGCUUUGGCAGCGGCAGAAGACUGGAGGUCCAGCAAACGAGUUAAAAAUCACCUUCAUAGGAGAAGCUGGCAUCGACACCGGGGCAUUAAGAAAGGAGUUCCUGUCUGAGAUGGUUGCUGGGAUAGAGAUGCGACUCUUUGAAGGAGGGGAGAAGGGGAAGAUCCCAAAAUACUCAAUCACUGACCUGGACAAAAACCAUUUCAAAGUUGCUGGGGAAAUAUUUGCAGUGAGCCUAGGCCAAGGUGGGCCGCCUCCACGCUUUCUUCAAGAGUGGUGUUACCAGUUUUUGGUGACUGGGACACUGAAGGACAUCACAAAAGAAAACGUGUAUGAUGCAGAGUUAUCCACAUUAAUCGAAAAGAUUGAAAAUGCAACUGAUGUGACGCAGUACACAGAGGAAAUCCUCAACUGUGGAUACACUGGCCCCAUCACAUUGGAGCAUCAAGACAGUAUUGUAAGAGCUGUUUUGCUACAUGCCACCACGAAGCGUACACCAAUGCUUCAACAACUGCGAGAAGGCCUUGAACUCUAUCAACUGCUGUCAGUUAUGCAAAGGAAACCCAAGGAAUGUCGGGAUCUUUUCGUGAUUGGGGAUGAUAAGGAUUAG